CCCUGACUUAACCUCACGAAUCAUCUCCAUCAUCUUCCAAGGCGGACUUUGGGCGAACCAGCAAUGAGAACUCCGAGUCCACCUCUUGGGGCAAAAGAUGCCCGUUGUUCGCCUUGCAUUUGUAGUCUUGUAGGAUUGAGCCUUGCUAGUGGCGAUGAUAAAAUGUCAAGCGUCUGCCGCGUUUAAAAGAAUAAGUCUUCCAGCGUGCGAAGCGCCCUUUCUGCUUAAUUCACUCAUUACUGCCAUUAUAUCCGUUAUUAUUUUAAACCGGGCUUAUAUCGAAUACUAUUAUGGGUUUCAUGCGGCGCUCUGGAAAGAAUGAAGAGAAGAGGAGCGAGGAGCAGGAGGGUGGACUGCGAGAAGCCACUCAGUACUUCAUAAUCGACAAGCACUCAACCUGGAGAAAAGAAAUCAAGAUCUUUGACAUCACAAGCCUCAUCGAGCUGCCCUAUUUAUCCGAGGCAUGGGACGAUCAUAUCCGAACGAUCCAAAGCCGUAUUCCAGGAAAGAGCAAGGAUGGAACAGAAAUCCUACCGAGUCUGGAGAUUUCACGCGCCAGAUUCUUCACCUCGAUGAUGACUAUAAGCCAACCACCCGACACAUCACCAAUCGGAACUUGGAAAGGAUCGAUAUUUAGCACACAGAAAUCCGUGUUCGAGUUCCCUGCGGACAGCCCGCACUCGAGUCACCCCAUCGUAAUGAAGCCGAUGGGAUUGUGGACAGCGAGCGAGGAAUUCGUCAAAGAGUCGGUUCGACAUAUCGGCAAGUUCGACAAGCGCCUGAGUAGCCGGUAUUUCACGCUUUUCAAACAAAUUGGCAGCCAGGAGAUACCAGUCGCCCAGUAUCGAUCCACGAAAUUGUCGGUUUGGAUUGGGGGCGGUGUUCUUGCCAUUGAUGAUAAGGAAAUUGAUCCCGUUGUUGCAGUUCUUUGGUGCGCCAACAUGCUGAGGAAAGUUGAGCAGCGGGGUGCAGAGAGUGCUGUAUGAUCCUUAUGCUCCCCUAACUUUCCGACGGCUUGCAUGUCAAUGUCUUGAUUUUGGAAAUACGUUCGAGUUCAGUUAUGACGAAAUGCUUGCAUCUGUUAUUCCACAGACACUACCUUAACCUCGAAUACGGCAGAAGGGUAUUGCAGCUCACCCACUUAUACAUAGUUGCGUGACAUGUCAACGAAAUCCGCAAACCGGAAACCCUUGGCUCAUGCAUAUGCUCUUAACACAUCAAACCUGGUUCCAGUCAACACCUCAGUUCUGGUUACUUCUAUUCCUAUAAUUUCUAGUCGCCUGCUUCUUUGCUUUUAACUGGAGCCUAAAG